UCCAUCAAAACGAAAACCGCGGCCGAAGGGGACAGUUGUCCCAGAGACGCGGUUGUAAAGUUCAAGCACGAAAGAUUCUACCCAUUGUAGCUAACGAUACACGCACUCUGAAUUGUGUAUUUUGGAGAGGUUUAGGUGGAGAUAAGUGCUACAAAAAAGCAUCCUAACAACCUAAUACCUCGCAAUAGUUCCAGUAUCAAACGAGCCUACGUACCAGGUGCGAUGCUGGGGCACUUUACACCUCCGGAAGUUUCUUGUGUGAGCUAUUCCCAAUGCGAAUAGCAAUUAAAGUACUUAUUCUCGUUCAGUAAAAUAUUUUCACGGAUAAUUAGACCGUACAGACGCUGCAAACGAUGCGGAACGCUUCAGCUAUUCGUUGUACACCACCGUACCGAAGGCUGGAAAUUCCAAACUCCGGGUUACCAUGGACAGAGCACAAAAUGUUCAAAUUUACCUUCCAAGUAGAACCGGAUGAAGAAAUAGCUUCAGCAGCAUUAAAGGAUGAGGAAACAAAGCAAGCACCCGAUGCGAAUGGUACCAGUACCGUCGAAAAGGAAACACCGGAAGUAUAUCCCUGCGAGGAGCUUACCUUCGACCCUAGCAGCCUCUCCAAUAAAACUGCAAUCAACCCGGACGUAACGAGCACCUUUCAACCGGCACCCGAUUGUUCGAUCGAGUACCUGAACCAACUUGCACUGCUCGAUGAAACGUUUACCGACGAUAUAGUGACGGCCGAAUCGGACCAUUCCGAUCUGGUUCCGAACCGGUACGAGGGUGGUCUGAAGGUGUGGGAGUGUACGUACGAUUUGGGACAAUUUUUAGCCACAUCCGACGAGCGAAAGGCGGAACUGCACGGGAAGAAGGUGCUGGAUCUUGGCUGUGGUGCGGGCAUCCUUGGCAUCGAAGCGCUUCUAUUCGGUUCCAGCUGUGUGCACUUUCAAGAUUAUAACAAAGAUGUACUGACGAAGCUUACGAUGGUAAACUACGACCUGAACUGCCGCACGACGAACGAAACGGAAGCGGAAGCAAAAGAACCCCCGACCGCGCAGGUCAAAUUCUUCUCCGGUGAUUGGGGAAGUUUUACCGACCAGUACCAACACAAGUACGACCUAAUACUUACCUCGGAGACGAUAUAUUCCACCGACAAUUACACCAAACUGUUGGAACUGUUUGACCGGAAGCUGGAACCAGAAGGAGUUGUCUAUUUAGCAGCCAAAACGUACUAUUUCGGUGUUGGCGGUGGUGUUCGGCUGUUCGAGCAAGCGAUCGACACAGACGGAAGAUUCCAGCACAAAGUCGUGUGGAAGUGUGAAACCGGUGUAAAGCGUGAAAUUGUUCGUAUGACCCGGAAGUAGUAAGUUCGUUAUUGCUCACACAUGGUUCUGUAAAGAGUGUAUACAAGAGAUGCCACACAGUCUGUUUUUGAAAGAUAUAUUUAAAAUAUAUACUCUACUAAUAUGUCGUAAAUUUAAGUGUAUUUUGUUUUGUGUGUUUGUUUUUAAGAAGUAGUGUUGUUUUUGCCCUUAGCUUGUUUUCCUAUUUUUGCAUUCCUCCCUUCCUUUUGCGUCCUUUCCCCGGUUUCCGGUUUUCUCCCACUCGUCAUAAAAGUCAUAAAAGUAGAUAAUCUUAACAGAUUUAAUUAGCUCUCUUGGUAUGUUGUUUUUACUCUCGUUUGUUUUUUUUACGUGUGUUCUAUCAUUCUUUCUCCUUUUCUCUAUUUAGUGGGGUUUCUUAAAUUCCAUCUUGUGAUGAUUUUGUAUACUGUUUAGUGGUGGAUUUUCUAUACUCAUUUGCUAUACUCUUUUAACAAACAAAAAUGAAUUCAUUACUUAAAACCUUUUCCUGUGUUUUUCUUACUCUUUCGUACUAUGUGCCUUCUGCUUGCCUUCUUAUUUUACCCUUGUGCCUUUCUUUCUUUUGCUGGUGCUGGUUUUUUUUUUUGGGGCUUGGGGUCUAGUUAUGCAUUCCUGUGUUGCAGAUGGGAUACAUCGGAGAUAGGUAUGGGUUUCCAUUUACACAAACACACACACACAUCGAUUGGAUUAGCCAAAAGAACAGUUAUUGAGAUUUUUACUACUUUUUGUUUGUUUGGUUUUGUAUGUUUUGUUGUUAUCCAUUUACUAAGCUGUUUUUUUUGUUGGUGUGUUCAUCCUUUGCUAAGGACAUUCUAUUACCCAUUUAACACUGAUAAGCCUCUGUAUGUGUGUGAGUGAUUUUUUUUAAAUUCUGCGUCGUGUGUGAUUUCUAAAGCGACAAAUACUGAUUUUUCUGACACACACACACACAGACAAACACGUACACACACAUGAACAUGCAUUUCCACAAACACCUAGGCAGAAGAAGAAGGGCGCCUGUAUGUGGCACGCGCCCCCAGGGCAAGGAUCACAAGAGUGAUUGCACAGAGCACAGAGUAUCGAGACGAGGACUCCUCCGGAAAUUUUUUUUUCCAAAUAAAAUGUUAGCCAUCGGUAAGCGACCCGGAAUCGUUCCCGAACGAACUCGACUCCGGGUCGUGCCGUGUAAAGUGUCGCAUGACCCAUCAGCAUUCCACAUACUAUUUUCUUAUUUAAAGAAAAAAAGAGAGAGAAGAAAGUUCCAAUUUCAAGAGCACGUAAAAAAACGAAGAGCGCCAGUUUAGCUAGUUAUGCUUGGUAUCUUUUGGGAAUGUUGUUAACUUUGGUAUCGAUUUAACUUUACUUUUUUGUUUUGCUUCUGGCCAUAGAUCUCUCCCCGCUUCCUUCGUCCGCCGGGACGUUACGGAGGUGACGGCGGGGGGAUCUAAGUAUAUCUUCCCGGGAGGGGUAAGGGGGAAGGAAGAACGAGUUGUUGGUGGAGUGGAUAAAACAACUAAAAGCUAACGCCAUCCUCUUACCAUCUAAGUUUUGUCUGUCCUGUCGGUCUGUCCGUUGGUUAUGAAUAGGGGGGGGUUGCGUUCGUCUAAAGGGUCGUAAAAAUGGUCGUUUUAGCUCCCACCCGCGAUUGCACUUAUUCACGACUACUACUACUACUACCACUACUAAUAUUAAAGUUCACAAAACAAACAAACAAAAAAAAAAAA